UUAAGCAGAUAAUCUCUCUUUGGGAUGAAAGGAGCUCCAUUUCAGAACCCCCCCUUGGCUCUCACUUGAGACCUUCAACCUCAGAAGCGGACUUGGAGGCUCAAAACGACACCCGGGCGGAUGAUAACUAUUUCCAUACAGCAUACGGGGUUGGUUUAUAGACAGGAUGCUUCUCUCUUUGGAUGUGUUCUAUGCGCUUCUUAUUUUGAUGGCCCACAUGAAGUCAGGUUAUGCUUGGUCAGUGAAUAAUUUUCUCAUGACUGGCCCAAAGGCCUACCUGAUGUAUUCAAGUAGUGUUGCUGCUGGAGCACAGAGUGGCAUUGAUGAAUGCAAGUAUCAGUUUGCUUGGGACCGUUGGAACUGCCCAGAGAGGGCACUGCAGUUAUCUACACACAGUGGCCUCAGAAGUGCAAACAGAGAGACAGCUUUUGUCCAUGCUAUCAGUUCUGCGGGGGUCAUGUACACUUUGACUAGAAACUGCAGUUUAGGAGAUUUUGAAAACUGUGGCUGUGAUGACACCAGAAACGGGCAGCUAGGGGGACAAGGCUGGCUUUGGGGUGGCUGCAGUGACAACGUUGGCUUUGGAGAGGCCAUCUCAAAGCAAUUUGUCGAUGCCCUGGAAACAGGACAAGAUGCACGAGCUGCUAUGAAUUUGCACAACAAUGAGGCUGGUAGGAAGGCAGUGAAAGGCACUAUGAAAAGGACAUGCAAAUGCCAUGGGGUGUCUGGAAGCUGCACAACACAAACCUGCUGGCUUCAGUUGCCAGAGUUCAGAGAGGUGGGCAACUACCUAAAGGAGAAAUACCACAAAGCCCUGAAAGUGGACCUCCUCCGAGGAGCUGGCAACAGUGCAGCAAACCGAGGGGCCGUGGCAGAGACCUUCAGUGCCAUCUCAAAGAAGGAGCUUGUCCACUUGGAGGACUCGCCGAACUACUGCUUAGAAAAUAAAACUCUAGGCUUGCAAGGCACUGAAGGCCGGGAGUGCAUCAAAAAAGGCAAGAAUCUGAGCAAGUGGGAGAAGCGAAGCUGCAAAAGGCUGUGUGGGGAGUGUGGCCUGGCUGUAGAUGAGCAAAAAGCCGAGAUGGUGUCCAGCUGCAACUGCAAGUUCCACUGGUGCUGCGCAGUCAAAUGUGAGCAAUGCCGCAAAACCGUCACCAAGUAUUUCUGUGUGAAACGGGAGAGGAGAGCCAAGAAUGAGAGUACAAGCAGGAAGAAUAUAAGGUUAAAGAAGAAGCACUAAAGUACACUUCUAACGACAUCCAUUUUUGUCAACAUGGAGGACAUGAACAGUGCAGAGCCACGAUUCUGUAAGAGCCUGCAUCAUCUGCAGGGGCUCCUAGGUUGUCAAUAGAUGAACCUUUAUAGUACACCACUGGGUGGAACUUUCAUAACAGCACUGAAAGAAGUUUGUCGUAAAAACAAAAGGGACUCAACUAUUGAGUUUAAUUUGGAAUGUUAUAAUACAGUGAUUAGCAAGCAGAGCUCAAAGCUCAGAACAGACGUCACUUUACAUAAGUACCUUUUAUUAAGUACAUCUGCCAUUCACUACUGAUAAUACCUGGACAAUAUCUCUUGGCAACAUACAGUAGGUUAAACAAUGUUCCUCACAACAAUGAAAAAAUGUUUUUUUUUUACAGCAGUUUGUUUUAAGAACCAAUUAAUGAAAACUAAGGCCAAUUCUAAUUGUCUAUAUAUAUAUAUAUAUAUAUAUAUAUAUAUAUAUAUAUAUAUAUAUAUAUAUAUAUAUACAUACAUAUACAUAUAUAUAUACACACACGCACAAGCUGUCCCCCGCGGUUUUGCCCACUUAGUAGUGAAACAGGACAAAGUUUAAAAAUGUAAUUCUGGCCAUGCAGAAGGUAGGUACACUCCAAAGUCAAAUGUUGGCACUGUAUCUGAUUGUGUUCAGCUCUGACGGAAGAGCAUCCCCCAUGUGGAGAGAAAAGCACAUGGCUGUAAUACCUCUGGCAAUCAGCACCUACCCUCUAAAACACACAAAGCUCUGAUAUCUCUCUCAAAAAUGUCAAACGUUACUCCUUAACAAUCUGUAGAUGA